AUGAACCUUCGCUCAUCCCAGCCGUUGCAGCCGCUUGAAGGCGACCACCUCAACAGAGCCUCCAAUGUUACUCCCAUCAAGGCUUCUCGCAGAAAAGACCUGCCGCUUGACUACUACAACUACUACAAUAGUCAGAGACCCGGAGACAACCAUGCCCAGGUGCAACAGCAGCAGCACCACCAGCAGGAAAAGGUGAAAAAGAAGAAGGAGAAGCUUUCUGCGCUUUGCAAGACUCCUCCCUCGGUGGUGCGUACCCGCAAGGGUAUUGACUACCGUAGAGGUAUGUUUCUUGGUGAGGGAGGCUUUGCUCGUUGUUUCCAAAUGAAGGAUGCUCAGGGCAAAAUAUACGCAGCCAAGACUGUUGCCAAGGCGCUGAUCAAAAACGAAAAGACCAAAACCAAGCUUUUGCUGGAGAUUAAAAUCCACAAGUCUCUUAAACACCCCAACAUUGUCAACUUCGUGGACUGCUUCGAGGACGACGUCAACGUGUACAUCUUGUUAGAAAUAUGCCCCAAUCAAUCGCUCAUGGAGCUUCUCAAGACCAGAAAACGUUUGACCGAGCCUGAGGUUCGUUUGUUCAUGGUGCAGAUCAUUGGUGCCAUCAAGUAUCUCCAUUCCCGCCGAGUCAUUCACAGAGACUUGAAGCUCGGAAACAUUUUCUUUGACCCAGACAUGCGUCUCAAGAUCGGUGACUUUGGUUUGGCCACUGUUUUGACCAGUGCUGAGUCUCGUAGAUACACCAUCUGUGGAACUCCAAACUACAUUGCACCAGAGGUCUUGGGCGGCAAGCAGACCGGCCACUCUUUUGAAGUCGACAUCUGGGCCAUUGGUAUUAUGAUGUAUGCGUUAUUGGUUGGCAAGCCUCCUUUCCAAGCCAAGGAUGUCAACGUUAUCUACGAGCGCAUCAAGUGUAUCGAGUUUCUGUUCCCUAGCGACAAGCCAAUCAGCGAGAGCGCGAGAGUAUUAAUCACCGAUCUUCUCAGCUUAGACCCAACAAAGCGCCCCUCCAUCAACUCCAUUUUAGAUUAUGCAUGGUUCAAGGGCCCAUUCCCAUCCAAGACCAACGAGGAAGCGCUCACCGGCACCCCAUCUGGUGUCAACAAUAUCUCCAACACGCAGAGCGCACACAACUUCGCAUCCGCUAAGAACCAGGCCGGCAUUUACACCCCUAAACUGAAGAACCCAGUUGAGAUCUUGAAGACCGACUUAGAGUCCGACCAGCCACGUACUGUGUUGCCUCAGUCGUUGUCUCCAGGCGACACCAGGGCCAAAUACCAAGAGGUUCCUGCGUCGCUUAUAAAUCAAGAUGGCCGGUCCACACGCAAAUUCUACUUCAAUUCCAAAUUCGCUAAGUCCAUUAUUAAAUUGGAAAAGAGCCUUUCGGACACAGUCCACAACCUCCGGAGCCUUAGAAGCCGGGCUCAUGACUCCGAGUUGACCGCAAGAGAGCUUCCGUCUUGCGAGCAUCCUACGCUUAUUUCUAAAUGGGUUGAUUACUCCAACAAAUAUGGAUUCUCAUACCAAUUGAAUAACGAUGACAUUGGUGUCCUCUUCAAUGAUGGAACCACCAUUCUCAAACUUCACAACAGCGAUAGAUUCUUGGAAUUGAUUCCUCAAGACGGAGAAGGCUGGUCUUGUAUUGAGAACUCCGUAAGCCACCCUCCAUCCCAAGCAAGAAGACUGCUUGAGAUCGUUGACUUCUUCGCCAAAUACAUGAACAGCAACUUGUCCAAGGUUAGUGAAAAUGAAGAACGCAAGGACAUUGUCUUCUUGCGUCGCUACACCCGUACCAGCGAUUACAUUAUGUUCGAGAUGACGAACGGUACAUUCCAGUUUAACUUCAAGGACCACCACAAGUUCUGUGUUUCUAAGAACGGUCUCGUGAUGACCCAUGUGUCUCCGGAACGCGCCAUUCAAACACACCCCACUGUGUUGUUGUUGGAACAAGGCAACUUCUUGACUGCUGAUGUGCCCAACUGCUUGGAAAAAAUAGCCAUAAUAGAGGCUGCCAUUAGGGCCAAGAUAUAA